AGAGGGGAGCAUCCUGCCCAGGGCUCCUCUCAGGUCUCUUGUGUCAUUGAUUUGCAAUGCGUUACUGUCCGGCUUGUUCGCUUCGGCUUCAACGUACUGCUCGGGCUUGUUUUUUGGAGUGACAGCUCUGCGGGAUUUGUACAGCCUUUUUCGUGAGUGGAGGAAGAAUGAAAAGAGGAGAACGAAAGUCUGCCCUGGUGAAAGAAGGCCAUCGCAGCAAAAGCACAUGGACAAGUUGGACCCCGUGCAGAGUUGAGCUUUAAGGUUCACAUCCAGGAUUAACUGUUUGCUGUGGACUGCAGCGCCCCGAUCGAAUGAAUCUCCCCUGUGUGUUUCGCAAUAAUGCCUUUACCAGUGCCUUAUGUCGAUCUGUCUGUCUGGCUUUGUCACAUCAGCUCCACCUUCUCCCAGCUCUCUAUUGCUGAUCUCACACUGUAGUAGGACUUUGACAUGAAGAAAAAUAUUGAGACAAUAAUCGCUCAAGAACGAGCCGAGAUCAUUGAGAAAUAUGACAAGGGUAGGCAUGAAGGUGCCCAGAUUGACCCCUGGGAAGACGCAGACUUCACCAUCUACAAAGUCACGGACCGUUUCGGCUUCCUCCACGAGGAGGAGCUGCCCACACCAAGCGCCUUUGAGGAGAAGCAAAAACAACAAGAGGUCGAAAGAGUGGACAAGUGGCUGAAAAUGUUGAAGAAAUGGGAAAAAUACAGGAACAGUGAGAAGAUGAUGAGAAGAGUUUACAAAGGAAUUCCCCUGCACCUUCGGGGUCAAGUCUGGUCGAUGUUACUGGAUGUGGAGAAACUGAAAGCUGAAAAUCAAGGGAAAUAUGAGAAAAUGAAGCAGCAAGCCAGAAGCUUCUCCACAGAGAUCAAGCAGAUCGAUCUGGAUGUCAACCGUACCUUCCGCAACCACAUCAUGUUUAGGGAUCGCUUUGGAGUGAAGCAGCAGGCUCUGUUCCACGUUCUGGCAGCGUAUUCUGUUUAUAACACUGAGGUGAGCUACUGCCAAGGAAUGAGCCAGAUAGCAGCCAUAUUACUUAUGUAUUUAAAUGAAGAAGAUGCUUUCUGGGCACUCUCCCAGCUUCUCACCAACCAGAAGCAUGCAAUGCAUGGAUUCUUUAUUCCCGGAUUUCCAAAACUCCAGAGGUUUCAAGCACAUCACGACCAAAUAUUAUCAAAGCUGAUCCCCAAGCUAAAGAAGCACAUGGAGAAGGAACAGAUGACGACAGGAAUUUAUACCACUAAGUGGUUCCUGCAGUGUUUCAUUGAUCGAACCCCUUUCACGUUAACGUUGCGAUUAUGGGACAUCUACAUCUUGGAGGGAGAGAGGAUUCUGACAGCAAUGGCCUACACCAUCCUAAAACUGCACAAAAAGCAAUUAUUGAAGAUGUCACUGGAAGACCUCAGAGAAUUCCUUCAAGAGACGAUAUCGAGAUCCUUCUGUCUUAACGACGAUACCAUGGUGGAGCAGCUCCAAACAUCGAUGUCUGAGUUGCGGAAAAUGAAACUAGAUCUUCCACCUCCAGCCAAACCUGAUGAGUUUCCCAAGGAGAAGCUUGGCGUAGAGCGUUCCAUCACUCUGGUACCAAUAGAACCCCCCCAGCCUGCCAACGGAAACAAGAAGCCUGCCCGAGCAGAGUCUGUGGAUCUCCAGAUUGAAGUAGCCGAGGAGAAAUCACCUACGUCUGAGAGCACAGUUGUGCCCGAUCACAUUGUGACAGUACCCUCUCCUGAGCCCGUUUUGGUCCACGCACCGGAAGUGCAGAGCAAUGCUUCUCCAGAACUGUCCCAUUCUUCCAGUCCUGAAAGUGGUGAGGAUGGUACAUCACAGGCAGAACUGGAAGUGAUGGAAAAACCCGUCAGUGAUUCACAAGUUGAAGCCUCUUCUCCGACAAACGAGCACAGCAGUGAAAAGAAGGAAGUAAACAGCAAAGAUCCCGUCUCAGAGGUCGUCCCUCUCAGUUCUUUAGACAUUUGCAUCCAGCCAGAUGAAAUGUUCAUUUUGGCACCAUUGCCCAGACAAAGGAAUAAUAUGGAGAGGAGUGUUGGUGUGGAUAAACAGCAGGAAAUGAGCGAAUGGCCUCCACCGUAUGACCCCAUAAUGAACGAGCCAAAUUUUACAACAUCGGAGAAAGCUGAGUCCGUAGAAUCGAAUGUACAGGAAAGUGAAAACGUCGACCAGCACUUUGAUCUGCUGCCACCACCACCACCGGCGGAGGAUCUUCAACAGUUUUCACAGAACCCUGACGAAGAUUGGGGCCCUGAUUGCCCGUUGUCAAAUACGGAUUUACUUCAGAAGAAUAUGCCUUUCUUGGAGGAUCCACCUCCUCCAAUAGAUGCAGCUGCCCUUGUGGUAGAUAUACCAUUUCCUCCUUAUGUGCCAGAGGAUAAUAUGGAUACUCUUGAGCUGAGGGAACACCUGGGUGAAAGACGACCAUCCAAUAUGUCCCAGUAUGACAACUUGCUCAUAGGAAACCUGGAUGAUAAGUGCAUGGCCCCCGCUGAUCCCAUGGCUAUUCCAUCACAAACCGUACCUCAGUUUCCAGGCCCAGAACCAAGAACAUCUGAAAUUCCAAGCUCUCUUACCUGUGGCUCGGACACACCAGAACUUUUAAAGAACAGUUUGCCAUCUUCUCCACCUCUACAUGUGCCAUAUUUUGUACCUCAUCAAGUUGUAACAACUUCGCUCACCACAGUCACUGCAAUAUGUGAAAGCGACCAGCCUCUCGAAUGUGAAACGCAGGAGGGUAGACAUUAUUUACCAAGCCAAUGCUUAGAAAAUAAGAAAGCCGUCACACACUAUGAGCUGGUCGAGUCCAACUAUCAGGACCACAAGGCCUAUGCCGGACUUUACCAGCUCUCACACCAAAAACAGACGGUAGCUCCUAUUCUGGAUGACGGUAACUUCAUUAGGAGUUGCCAAGAAUCAUCAGAUCAGAGGUUUGUACCUGAUGGAGGGCCCUCGGACGGGCACAGGCUCAUUUCAGAGGCGUUAAUACGGACAUCGCCUGUGGUGGUGAGAGCCUCAGCCAUCCCUCCAGCACUACCGCCAAAACAAAGGAGACCAAAGCCCCCUCCGAGUAUCUCCUCGACUCAUUCAGAUACGGAUUUCUACCGGGCGCACUCGACGACUGCGCCACUUCCAAAGUCAAUAACGUUUUAAGAGUUCGCGUAUUUAAUCGUUUAGUUUCAAGGAAAACUGCUGUGGUCCAUUUAUAACGUACUUUUUAAAGUAAUGGCUUUGACCGAUUUUAGCGCACAGCAAAAGCUUAAUAUAAUAGCAGCAAAUGUUUUUAACAUUGUUCUUUUUUUUUUUUUUGUAAUUAUCAGACAUUUUACAUUCAGACUGAAUUUUACAUUUCAAUUUUUAGACCUUCACAAACCGUUGCAUUCAUACCAGCACCUCAGUGUGUUUCUCAUCGUAAUUCGAUUUGCAACUGUGUGAUCGAAUUGACGCUCGAUUUUUUUUUUUUUUAAUGUAAGAACUGUUUUUGUUCUAUUUAUAUACAGAUAUAUAUUUAUAAAAUGCAAAAGAACUCUUUUUUUUUUUUUUUUUAGACACGUAAUAUAAAGUGGUGGAAAGGGAAAACAUCAAAAUGUGCAAACUAAACCAGCGCUAUUAAGAGGAAAUAACGUUUUUGUGGGGUUUUAUAUUGUGGGUCAGAAGCGAGCACCAUUUUCAACUGUGACCGUUUACGCCUUUGCUGCUUCAUCGUAAACGCUAUCACUUUAUGAAGCACUGGCGCUCUUACAAUAUGGAGUGGGCCGACGGUUUGAGGGGCUGCCGGGUUUUAGUAGCUAUGGGGCAGAUGCUCCCGUCUAGACAUCCACGGAGUGGAAUUGAAAUCGGGCGAAGCAGACCUCGUGCUCGGUGAUACCUUCAUCACCAGAGUGAGAGGCUUUACUCCGAGUUUGACCAGACGACAGAAGGUAAACCUGAGCAGAAUUUGGGUUUGCAAAAACGGGCUUCAUUCUAAUCACAGAUCUCCUUGGUUAUGGUUUCAUGUAGUAGGUAAUCACUCUCUCACUGUAUACUGUUAGAGAACCGGCAGUCCACAAUAAAGAGUUGGGGCCCCACCCUGAUGACCCCAUAUAUUUGAAAUGCAGCAAUACAAAAGAAAAUGAGCAAUGAUUGUGAAAACGUCGUUACAGACUUGAGUUCCAAAGUGAACUGUUUUCAAAAUGGCCGAACUUCCGAUCACAAGUCCUUCCGAUCAGGAAGAGUCGGGUCCAGGCGGCCGGACACCGGAAGUGACGUCAGAGGUGGUACAGCUGUCAUUCAUCCGGUCUGCAGAGGGAAGAAGAGAAAAAGCAUUAGAACACAGCGCCACCCCCUGGAGCCAAGGGGAAUUACAAUCGUCAGAGCCCUUAUGCUGUCCCCUGUGCUUAGGCACGUGACAUAAGAACUUUUAACAGACAAGAGGAGACCAUUCAGUCCAUAAAGCCUGUUUGUUUAGCUUAUAACAACUAAUGCAGAUUUCUGCAUCAGCUCCAUGUCUUGGUAGUUUGUUCUAGAGCCCCACAACUCUCUGAGUAAAGAAGAGCUUCCUGGCUGUGCCUAUAUAUAUAUAUAUAUAUAUAUAUAUAUAUAUAUAUAUAUAUGUCCAUCCAUUAUCCAACCCGCUAUAUCCUAACUACCGUUUCUUUCGGUUGUCUGCUUGGAGCACAGGCAGGUCACAUGACUUGCGCCGGGUCACACAGUGGUGUCAGUAGCAGGAGUUCAACUCACAGCCUCAGGGUUUGAGGUCCAAAGUCUCAACCGCUCCACCACACAGCCUGCUUGUUUUUCCUUUUAUUAUGACACAUUGGAGUCCAGCAUACGUCACCAUUCUGCUGUGACAUUUGUAAUUCUAUAACACUAGCCGUGUAAGCCCGGGGUCCUUGAAACUAUUAAAAUCGCCAGAAAAAAAUUGUAAUGUCGAGAUGUCAGAUAAUUGAAGGGAACUACUCUGGGUGUCUCUCUCUCCUAGGAGGAUUCGUUUUGCCGACGUGCUCACCUCGUUUGUGCAUUAGCGACAGGAGGAAAAGUCAAAGGGAUACCAUUUAGCUGAUGUUAGCAGCUAAGCAACUUUGUCUUUCUUCGGAGGUUUCAUUUAGCCGAUGUGCUCGCCUCACUUGUGUUA